AUGCCUCCCAAGAAGUGGGAAGACGAAGAGAGCGAUGGCGGCAACGACUCUGCCCCCGGUUCCCCCAUCAUAACCGGCGCCCGUCGACGCCAGUUUGAGGACGAAGAAGACGAGGGCGAUGUCCUCGACUCCUGGGACGCCGCCGAAGACUCCGAGGUCGAGCGCGAAAAGGCACGCAAGGCCGCCGAGGCCAAGGAAAAGGCCGCCGCUGCCGCCGCCGCCGCGAAGAAGCCCAAGUCCCAGCGCAUCGCCGAGCACCGCGCCGAGCGCGCCCGCCUCCAGGCCGAGGACGAGUCGGAGAGCGAGGAGGAGACGGAGGCCCAGCGCCGCGAGCGGCUCCGCCGCACCGAGCAGGACGCCGACCUGAAGCACGCCGAGGACCUGUUUGGCAGCAUCGGCAUCAGCGACGGGCGCAAGGCCAACCCGUCGGGCACCAUGAUUCCGGACCCCAACAACCCGACCAACCUCAUCAACCUCGCCGCGGUGCCCGUCUUCAACCCCCAGACCAAGGCGCAGUUUGAGAAGAUGAGGGCGCUGCUCACGCCGCUCAUCACCGCCAACAGCAAGAAGGCUCACUACGGCCUCUUCCUCGAGGAGUUUGCCAAGGAGCUGGUCAAGGAGCUCAACAGCGACCAGAUCAAGAAGAUUGCCAGCGCCCUGACCCGCGCCAGCAACGAGAAGCUCAAGGAGGAGAAGUCGGGCGACAAGAAGAAGACCAAGGCUGCCAAGACCAAGACUUCGCUGGUCACUACCCGCGCCAAUGCUGCCGACACGGCCACCUAUGACGAUGACGCUUUUGGAGAGUAA